UUAUUUACAACGGAUUUGUUGCUUAUUUUAUUCAGGGUCGCUGGAGUUCCAUGGACCCUGGAGAUCCUUGAUACUGCCGGGACCGAGCAAUUCUCCUCUAUGCGUGACCUAUACAUAAAAAACGGUCAAGGCUUCAUCCUAGUAUAUAGCUUAACAAGUCGGCAGACUUUUCACGACAUUCUUGGUCUUCGUGACAACAUACUCCGCGUGAAAGGCGCUUCUUUUACUGGAUAUCCCUCUGGCCGGUUUGGCUCUAGCUUUAAUUCGGGCUCGGGACGACGUCGUCCAGGUGGUGGUAGCGGUGGGCUGUCCGGCACGGUACCUCUAGUAUUGGUUGGCAACAAAGUUGAUUUAGCUCGUCUGGGUCGCCGCGAAGUGGAGAGUGAGGAUGCCGAGGCUUUAGCUAGAGAAUGGUGUUGUCCACACUUCGAGACCUCGGCCAGAGAUAACGAGGGCGUGGAUGACAUCUUUGUUGAGAUAGUCAGACAGGCAAGCUAUUUACCUUUGUGCAUCUAUUUAUUUAUUCACUAUUCCUUAAUACUAUCUCGAAUUUUCUACUGCAUUAAGUGCUUUUUUCUCUUACACAUAUGUGGAUCACUCCAUGGUGUCUACACUGCUUUAAAAGUUAUUCUUUCUCCGCAAACUAGCGUAUCUAAGACCUUGAAUACUCUGUUUUUUAUUCCAUCCAAAUCACAUUUGGAUCCCUUCGGGGUUCCUGAUCGGACCUAG